AAAGCUUUAAACUAUAAUUCGAGAAAAAAUAACAUUUGAUAUUUCAUCCGGAUUUGAAAAAUUUUGUACAUUUUCUUAGUUUAUCUUACGGAUACGGAUCUUUUUCUCUCUAGUGGCGUGACAGGAAGCUCGGAAUUACAUUUGGCGAUUUUUCGUCUUCGUAUGACAUCCAGUUUCUCUAGUAAUGUCAGCAAAAUUGAAUUAAAAACAUCUUAAAGUUGCCGGCUGAUGAGAUGAGUGGCUGUUUUGAAUAUUUCUUUUACAAUUUGUGUAUUAAAUGCUGUUUCUUGUGAACAAUCGUGUGUUACUCACCAGUUAAUUAGUUAUUUAUUAUAUCUCAAGCUAUUAAAAUCAAUUAUAUUAUGGAAUAAAAUGUGUUAACAUAUACCGCAUGGAAGCAUUUUCUGUGAUGAUGAUGAUUUUGUUUGUACAGUGAUAUUUCUGUGGUUACCUCUUAAUUGAAUUUUAAUUCAGUUUACUUAACGUAAAUUCAUUUAAAAUGAACAACGAUUCGUUUGUGGACAUAUUAAGUGACCGACGACACAAAACGACCGAUAUUGGGUGGGCAUUAAAACCAUGGAAUGUUUCGGGAUGCCGGUAUUCCCUUAAAAGGACUCCUCAAGAAAUUAAACAAUAUGUUCUCUCCUGUGAUAGACUAAAAAAUGUAAUUUCUGAGAUAAGUAAAGAUGGAGAAUAUACAGAAAAAGAAUUGGAAGAAAAAGCUGAAGAAAUUCUUGAUGAGAUGUCACAUAACUUUCAGUUUCGAAUCAUAAGAUUUUUUGGAUUUGUACUCUCAAAAUUUAUGAAAAGUGUUUACGGAAAGAUAUUGGUAGAUAAACAAGGCAUCAACAAACUAUCUUCUGUGUCAUCUCAGUAUCCUGUAAUUUACUUGCCCACUCAUCGAAGUUAUUCUGACUUUCUAUUGGUCAGCUACAUCUGUUUCUACUUCAACCUUCCUGUGCCUGUCAUAGCUGCUGGUUUAGAUUUUCUUGGUCUCAAGUAUCUGAGUUUUUUACUCAGAGGAGCUGGUGCAUUUUUCAUCCGUCGCUCAUUUGUAGGAGACAGGCUGUAUCGAGAAAUUUUUACCUCCUAUGUUCAAACCCACAUUGAAGGAGCCGAAUUUCCUUUAGAGUUCUUUAUUGAAGGAACUCGCAGUAGGACUGCCAAGUCCUUAGUGCCAAAAUUAGGAAUGCUGCAAACUAUUUUAGAGCUUUAUUUUUCCUCUAAAGUACCUGAUAUCACUAUUGUACCUAUCAGCAUCACAUAUGAUAGAACACUGGAAGAAAAUCUUUAUGCAUACGAGUUGCUUGGAGUUCCAAAACCAAAAGAAUCUACUAAGGGUUUAAUUAAAGCCAGAAAAGUGAUGUCUGAUUAUUUUGGAAAUGUUUAUGUGAAGUUUGGGGAUCCUCUAUCCCUCAGAGAGCACUUUUCUCUCUAUGACAGAAGUAUUCAUAACCUCCAUCCAAGGAGUUUAUCUGUACCAGUUAAAAAAGAACAAACGCUGUGUGGAGAUUUAGCAAAUGUCAUCAUACGUUCGCAUCAAUCUAACUUAAUUAUUUCACCUUUUCCCAUUAUAUGCCUCGUUAUAGGCCAACCUGAGGUGACAAAAUAUGGUGGGAUUCUCUUUGAUACUCUUCUAGAUUAUACCCUUUGGAUGCAAGAUCUUUUAAAAAGGAGUGGUACCUAUAUUCACACGGGGGAAAAAAGUUUAUACCAUUCUGUGUCUGAGCAGCUUGAACUUCAUUCUAACAUUCUUCAGGUGACCAAUUCAUUCAUCUCACUCAAAGAGGGUGUUGUCCAGUGUCCGUCACCCACAUCCAGUAUAUCACGACUCACUGACGCCAGCAUCAGGUCUGCUAUUCCGGCAAUGUUUGCCUAUCAUUAUGGCAACCAAGCCCUACAGCUAUUGGUCAAUAUUUGCAUGGUUUGUCUAGCCGUGAUGUGUGAUGAACAGAAUGUUCAUUUAAAAGGUGAUGUCUUCUUGAAAUAUGAAAUUUUAAGAAAAUUACUUCGUCGUGAAUUUGUGUUUAGUAGAAUGUCAUCAGAAGAGGAUUUUUUAAACGCUCUUGAUUCACUCGAAAAAGAAAACAUCAUUUCAAUCGAGGCUUUGAAACUUAUACCAGUGGAGUCUAAUGUUCACAAAAUUCAAUUUUUGAGUUCUUUAAUAGUCCAUUUCCUUCAAACCUAUCAUGUUGUUACUCAACAUUUAUUCCAAAUUGAGAAUAAAAUAAAUUCCGACCUAAAGAAACUUUCCCUGGAGUGUCAGAGUGAGAUUGAAAAUGCAAUCAUUCAUGGCUCUCUCACUGAUUAUAGAUGUCUCUCAUUAGAUAUUGUAAAUAACUGCAUCACUUUUCUCAUUAAUGAAGGAGCAUUGUCCAAAAUUUCUGAGAACAACAAAGUCAUCAUGGCUUCUUGCCAUUCCACCAUUGCAAACAUCUUAAUGGAUUUAGAUGUGUUUGUACCACCACAUAAAAAACAGUUUAGCAUUAAUGACAGAUUAUCUUUACCGACAGCAAAAUUGUGAAAUGUACUCUAGUGAGCUUCAAUUUCUCAUAUUGGGCAGCUUUAUUCUGGUUGUGAUUUCUCAUCAAGUAUAGUUUGUAUUUAUUUAUUCAUAGGGGACAACUGCUGCAAGAUGAAACGUUGAAUGUUUUUCUAUGGGUUGUAUUUUGUAGUUCUUGAUUUUACUAUUGUUUCAGUUAGUGUACAGUUAAAAUGAUUAAUAUAAACUAGUAGAGGUGUUUUGAUGGAACAACGACAACACAAAACAUGACAAAAAUGGUGUGACUCUGCAUAUAAAUAAAACUGCCAAUAAGGUUUAUUUCCAAGCGUGUUUCAAUCUUAAGAGGAGAGUAUAAUGGACUUCUGUAACUCAGUCUUAGUGUAAGAGAGUGCAAUUGGUUUCAGAAUAUUAGAAAAAAAAAAGUUACGUCUUUUCUUUUUUUUAAAAGAAAUUCAUAAUAUUUUUCUUUUAUCACUUGAUGAAGUCACCAAUUUACUCUUAAAUUAAUUUCUCAACUUUUUUGGAGGUCUUAAUUGUGUGUAACUUGUCACUAUUUUUAUCAUAAUAGGCUCUUAACAUGUGAUAUAUAUUUAGAAUCUUUGUCAAAUAAAGAAAAAUAUAUAUAUAUGUACUCAUUAAGUUGCAUAUUAAUAUUUAUGCUAGGAAUGAACGAUAGUGCUAUGAAAAUCUAACUAAUCACUACUGAGGAAGAAAUUACUAAAAAUAUCAAAACCUUUUCGGUUCCUAGAAGACAGAGAGAAAAUAUGAAAGUCAAUAAUUUGAAACUCUUUAAAGUUUCAACAGACAAACUGAUUUUUUUCUUCUUGUUUUUCACAUGAGUGAUUUGAUGGCGGAUCUUUAUAACAUUUUUAAUCCUUUCUCCUUUAAAUAUUAAUUUGCCACCUCUAAUGCCUAUACUUUUUUUACUUCAUUUUUGACGAGGAUUCUAAAAAUUUACAUUAAGGGUAGUUAUUACGAAAUACCAUAUGUAUAUACAUAUACCUAUUAAAUCACUAAAAAAAAACUUAACUGCUUACCUUAUAGCUUCCACGAAAUACUUUGAUUUAGGGUACAUUUUUUAAUUGACUUGACUCUGAUUUAUUAUAAUUUAUUCCUACACCUACAGAUUGAUUCUUCAAAAUUGUAUUCUCUCUGAAAGAGCGAUUUUUCAUUUAAAUUCUAAAAUGUAGAUUGUUAGUUUUUUUCUAACAGAUAGCAUUUUCUAAUUUUUAAAAGUGUGCAUGAAACUAAAAAGGAUCUUUAAAUGAUUUCUAAAAAUAAAAUUAUUUGUGAGAGCAAAAACUUGCAUCCAAGUUAAAACAAUUUUUUCUUUCUUGUAUCUUUGCAAUGGCAUUAAGGGCUACAAAACUCAAUUCUGCACCUAUGCCUGAAUUUAAGACAUUAUGAAAG